UGCUGACAUAGCCUUCCCUUCGCAGUCUCAGCUGCUCUUCGGUUCUCAUCCGUUCAUAACUAGAAAGGAAAAAAAUUAAACUCUUAAGUAUCAUAUCCAGUUAUGGGUAAGGAUUCCAAGCCUAAAGAUUCAGGAAAGGGCAAAGGCAAACAGGCUGCUGGCGGGAGUGAUGAUGGUGCUUCCAAGGGCAAAGGAAAAGCUGGAAAAUCUGAUGGCCUUGGGACUUGCACGUAUGUUAAAGCUAGGCAUAUCUUAUGUGAGAAGCAAGGGAAGAUCAAUGAAGCCUACAAGAAACUGCAAGAUGGCUGGCUCAACAAUGGAGAAAAGGUUCCCCCUGCUGAGUUUGCUAAGCUAGCAGCAGAAUAUUCAGAAUGUCCAUCUGGUAAAAAAGGCGGGGAUCUAGGAUGGUUUCCACGUGGUAAAAUGGCUGGUCCGUUUCAGGAUGUUGCUUUCAGCACAACUAUUGGAGCUACAAGUGCACCGUUCAAAUCAACACAUGGAUACCACAUUAUCUUGUGUGAGGGGAGGAAAAACUAAGGCAUUUCAGAGUUUGAUGGAGUUUCUAAAGGUGGCUUUACCGAUCUAAAUGUCAUUGUGACUAUCUGAUACUAAGUUCAGCAAUGAUAUCAGGCUUUGAACAUCACUGUUUGAUUAUGCUUUUCAACUUGUGUAAUGGAUCUUUGCGGUUUAUUGCAGAGUAAAUGUUUUGUGUAUACAUUCAUCUCCAAGUUGUCUUCGUAUAACAUAUAUUUCUUGGUGAAGCUGUUUGGAUUCAGUUGUGGAAUCAGUUAUGCUUAAUAACAAA